AUGGCGGGAUCUCUCGCCUUUGCCCUGCCGCCCGGCACGGGCACUUCCUUUUCGCGCGCGGCGGUUGUGCCGGCGCCUGCGCUUGGGCCGCGGCCGAGCGCGGGUGGCGUGGGGCAAGGCGGCGGAGGACGCUGGGGUUUCCCCCUGUCCCUCGCCCUCGCGGCGGUCCAUGUUCGCGCCGCGCACGGACGCGGCCGGGCGGAAGCUGCCCGGCGCCGCGCCACCGGGCGGGAGCAGCAGGUCUUGCCCUUCGUUGACUCCGCCAGUGGCCGAGAGGUGGUUCUCAUUGCCUCCGUCCACUUCAACCCCCGCUCGGUGGAGAAGGCGGCCGCAGUGACGCGACGCCUGGCGCGGCAGGAGGAGCUGGCGGCGGUGGUCUUGGAAUCCUGCCCCUCUCGCUGGGCCAAGGUGGAGGAGCUCCAACAGCCAGGCAGCCUGUGGCGUCUGCUGCUGGACAACGAGAUGCAGGCGGCGGAGGACGAGGCCAAGGCUGUGGGCCGCGCGGUGGUUCUGGGGGACCAGCGCAUCGAGGACCUGUCGACGGACAUCAAAGCGGCGGGCCAAGAAGCGCUGGAGGACCUCGGCAGCUUCCCGGAGGGCUGGUUCCGCACCUUCGCGGAGAUCUGGGACGGCGCGCUGACGCUGCUGGGCCGCAAAGCCAAGGCGAAAGGCGGCUCAGAUGCCUUGGGCCUGUGGGACUUUGCGGACCCUGCGCUGGUUUUCGGCUUCCUGGUGGCGGUGCCCCGGUACCUCCUGUCCACCGCGCUCAAGGCGCCCGCGCUGCUGCUGGCGGUCUUGGCCUUCUUCACGCUCUAUGCGCUGCUGCCCGCGAAUCUUCUGGGGGACGUCUUGGUCUUCUUGAUUGAGGCAGUGAUGCUUCGUGUCAUCCUGAGCGUGCUGCUCCGGGACCGGGAUCUCAUCUUGGCGCGCUCCAUCCGCCAAACCGCCGCCUCCGCCCGAGACCCCGGCACCGUGGUGGCCGUACUGGGUGCGGCACACUGCAACGGCGUGAAGCGCCACCUCGAAAGCGCCUCAAUGGAAGAGUCUGAAAGCGCCCUUUGA